CGACAGCUUCCGCUCUGGGUUUCCUUUUUCAAACAAUGUUUACGCGUUUGAAUCAAUGCUGCUGAUAUCCACGCCAUUCUAAAACAAGCCAUCAGCAGAACAAUAUGCGAAAAUUAUUACUAGUCGCGCUACUACUUUAUGAUAUCGUUGCAUACGGUAAUAGGCCUGGAUCUGGAUACGACUACGACAGUAAUGACAUUGACGGAAGCAAGAGGCACGCUAUGUUGGACGAUAGGCGGAACUGGAGGAAAAAGGCAUUGUUGAAACCAAACGAUAUGAUAGACCGGGCUAACUAUGAGGAAAGAAAAAACCAUGAUUAUGAUAGGUACCCUGAAGAUUCUGACUUGAAGAUGGCCGAUCCGGACAGACAAAGAGAAUUAGAUGCUCCUAGUUUUAGGGGACAGCGGCGAUAUGAUGACUCGGAAAAAAUGAGUCCUCCUAGAAGUGGUGAAUUUGGACAUGCGCCUGCUCCAUAUUACGGGGAGAAAAUUGAUCCAGAAAAGAAAGCGUAUGUUAUGAAUUGUGAUAGACCACAUGAAAGAUACGAGGCGUGCUUCGCCGGCUGCGCCGCCAUCAGCUGCGACAACCCCCGCGAGCGACUGCGCCCCUGCUACCCGUUCUGUGAACCAGGCUGCAUCUGCGUGUCGCCCUUCGUGAGGGACGAGCGCACGCACAAAUGCGUCAUGCCUGACGAAUGCACUAAAGGCCUGAAAGGUGUUCCUGAUCUAGGAGAUGAAAUAUAAUUUGGGGAAGAAUCAGAUACACUAGUCACCAUCAAUGUCGUCGUGACUCGCCGGAGCGCGGAUUACGAAGCAUAAUGUCUGUUUGUGUCCACAAGCCCGUGUCACACUAGGGACAUGAUACAUACACAUUAUGUCCA